CUUCAAGAUGACUAUUUGUUGUUGAGCGGGAAGGUGAGUACACAGUUUAUUUGCUGAUAAAAUAUAGGAAUAACAAAUAAUUUUGCAACAAUUGAUGUUAAGGUAAACGAGAACAGAUCUAUGACACCAGCAGCACAGAAUCAAACCAAAAUUCAUAGCUAAAGGAUGGGAUAGCAAAGGGACCUUGGAAUGUGUAUAGCAGCAACAGAAAAGCUAACAGUUAUUUUCGUUGAUUUCAAACGUUCCUAGUCGCCGUGAAUUAAUGAAAAUGCCCGUACGGGAAGAUAACAUUCAUGCUUACAUGAUAUCAGGAUGCUCUCCGGAAGCAUUCUCUCCUUGCCAGGAUUGUGUCUCUCUUGGAUUGGGAUGUGAACAUAUCUUUACAACCUACAACCUCCAGGCGAAAGAUUCUGCGCAGGUACCUCUCCCAUGUUGGCUAUCGUUAUUAACCGAAUUUAAUGUAGCAAAAAAACAAACCCACACACAUCUUGUGCGUAGUCAGUUACAUGGAACGAUUUUCCGAUAUACGUCAUUUUUAGCUUUUGCUAAGAUUUAACUAUUACCAACCGUUUAUACUUAUUCUGCCAUUUGCGGUAUACUGUGCUGUAAGAAUCGUAUUUCAUUAACGUAACUGUUGAUACUUAAUUUGAGUGAAUCGAAGGCGAACACAAAUAUGGGACGAAAUAUCCAUGUGCCAAACUAUCGCGAUAGCAGCACACGCAAUGGGCCAAAUAACAAUUGAGGUGUUUCUUUAAUGGUACUGGUUUGCCACUUUCUACCAAUACCGUGAACGCAUCAGAGCUUGCAUCCCGAGCAGAACUGCAUCUCAUCCGGAAAGCCCACCACCCAGCCUUACCGUCUGCUGCACUAACGCACUAACAACGCCACUGCUUGCUAAAGGAUUUUGCGGAAAAAGUAAACAAUCAAAAUGGCCGUCGGGAGAGUGGCUGGUACGGGGAACAUCGGGUACUCUUCAAACUACCGGACUGGAGGGCGGUCCUACCAUGGCGGGAUAAAUGAGGAAAUCAUAUGGAUUAGCAUCGGGAUGGCGGUCACCAUCGCCAUCCUAAUCACGUUAGCAUUGAUUUAUCUUGCAUACGAAAAGUGUCAAAAGCGACGGCAGCGCUACAUACAAGCGUGAAAAGUAGGCAACGGUAUGUGCCGUGUGCCAGUCCCCGAUAAGAUCCCCCCGCAGUAUGAAGAGAUGUAGAGAGCAGCAGCAACACCGUUCAUCAAUACCAAAAACCAGCAACGUAGCUUAGACAAAAGGAUGAGAGAAAAAAAGCAUAACCAAAACCACAUAGCAAUUCUCUACCACCACUAAUGGACCAAACUAAUUAAAAAAGAAUGCCUCUUUACGGAAGCACUUAAAUAAAGUCAUAAGUAUAAGGACAACAAAUUUAAAGAAAAACAGGCAAAACAAAAAAAAAACACCCGUAGCUAAAAAGCGCCACCCUUCAGUGGGUGUGAUUAAAUCAAACGAAA